UAUGCCUUGGCCCCUCCGCCACCGUCUCCUCCGUCAUCUCAUUUCUACAUCUCUGCUCGGAAAUUCAGAGGUUAUAUAUCGGCUAAAUUGGAAACAUAUGCAUAGAUUGUUGGUUUAUACUGAAUGGAAAAGAAGCAGCAUAUUGCCAUUUUUACUACAGCAAGUCUUCCAUGGAUGACCGGAACUGCUGUCAACCCUUUGUUUCGUGCUGCUUAUCUUGCAAAAGAUGGGGAGAGAAAGGUCAAGUUGGUCAUACCUUGGUUAUCUCUGAAAGAUCAAAGAUUACUAUAUCCUAACAACACUACAUUCAGUUCACCUUCAGAGCACGAGGAAUAUAUUCGUAAAUGGCUUGAAGAGAGGAUUUCAUUUACAUCUGGUUUUGACAUACACUUUUAUCCUGGAAAGUUUGCCAAUGAUAAGGGAAGCAUUCUUCCUGCUGGAGACAUCUCUGAUAUCAUCCCUGAUGAAGAGGCGGAUGUGGCUGUCCUUGAGGAGCCUGAGCACCUUACAUGGUAUCACCAUGGGAAGAGAUGGAAAUCUAAAUUCCGCCUUGUUGUCGGAGUUAUACACACUAAUUACUUGGAAUAUGUGAAGAGAGAGAAAAAUGGAUGGUUUCAGGCAUUUUUUCUCAAAUAUGUAAAUACUUGGGUUGUUAGUAUCUACUGUCAUAAGGUAAUUAGGCUAUCUGCUGCAACACAGGAUUACCCGGGAUCCAUCGUCCGCAAUGUUCAUGGUGUUAAUCCUAAAUUUCUUGAUACUGGGAAGAAAAAGUAUGAGCAGCUACAAAGUGGUAAUCAGCUCUUUGCAAAAGGUGCUUACUACAUUGGGAAGAUGGUGUGGAGCAAAGGUUACAAGGAGUUACUAAAACUUUUGCAGGAUCACCGAAAGGAACUAGCUGGUCUUGAAGUUGAUUUGUAUGGAAGUGGACAGGAUUCAGAUGAGGUUAAGGAAGCUGCAAAAAAAUUGGAAGUAAUGGUUAGAGUCCAUCCAGGUUGUGAUCAUGCUGACCCUUUAUUCCAUGAUUAUAAUGUGUUCUUGAAUCCAAGCACCACAGAUGUUGUUUGCACAGCCACAGCUGAAGCAUUGGCUAUGGGCAAAAUUGUUGUAUGUGCCAAUCACCCCUCAAAUGAAUUCUUCAAGCAAUUCCCAAAUUGUCGAACAUACAAUAACGGCAAAGGUUUUGUUGAAGCCACACGUAAGGCUCUUGCCGAAACGCCAGCACCAUUGACUGAUGCACAGAGACAUGAGCUAUCUUGGGAGGCUGCCACAGAGCGGUUUCUUAGGGCUGCUGAGCUGGACCAGGCUUUGGAGAGAAAAAUAGAGAAUAUACCAUCAAAGAACUUUGCAUCUGCAUCCAAAAACCUGCAGAAGAAUAUAGAGGAUGCUUCUGCAUCCUUGCAUUAUGUAGUUUCUGGAUUUGAAACUACCAGAAGAGCAUUUGGUGCAAUUCCAGGGACCUUGCAACCUGAUGAAGAGCAAUGUAGAGAGCUAGGGUGGGCAGCCCCUGUUGGGAUAGGAAGCUCAAGACGUAGCCCCAUGAAGGCUAGGGGUUGAAAUAUUCUUCCAUGUACAUUCGGGAUCUAGUAGGAAGAAGGAUAUGAUGCCUGGUAUUUACGCAUUGCCAAAGGCAGCUUAGGGAUGGCAAGAUUUCACGAUUGUAAUUUCUGUAUGAAACUAUACAUAUCAAUUAAGUGCAAAGCAUAAG